AUGGAUCCUACCCGAAUCCCACUAAGGACCUUGGUGGCCUUCGGGGUCACAGGACAGCAAGGUGGCUCGUUAGUCUAUUACGUUCGGAAGGACCACUCAUCGCUAUAUCAUAUUCAGGCAGUUACUCGUGAUCCUUCCAAACAAUCAGCUCAGAACCUGAAAUUCAACAAUGUUGAGGUUCUACAAGCUGAUGGCCACGACACAGCAUCACUCAGAAGAGUAAUGCACGGCGCAUACAUGGCUUUUGCAAUGACAUUGCCAAAAUUUGAUUCCGAAGAUGCCAGAGUACGUGAAAUCGCUCAGGGAAGAGCAAUCGCGGACGCGGCCUUUGAGAAAGGAGUGGGGCUCAUUAUUUUCAACCCUUCCACAUCUGAGGUGGUAUUGUAUAUGUACGACUUGCCGAUUCGGAGCAUCUUCUACAGUCCGGGUUGGUUCAUGCAAAGCUUCAAUCGGCACCUGGCUCCCAGGCAAAAUGCCGACGGAACUUGGAGUAUUGUUAACAUCGUCACCCCACAAACCAGCCUACCUUUAAUCAAUCAGUUUGAGGAAACGGGUAAAUUCCUUGCACCGGUGCUGGUGGGGCCAAAGAAAUUUGCAGGACAGACUUUAUCGUCCGCCGAGCGCUUCUAUUCUUACCAAGGGAUUGUCCAAUCUAUGAGCAACGUCUGGGGAGUAACUGUUGAUUAUCAUGUGGUAUCGAAGGAAGAAUUUACAAGGAAUGUGGGGCUGUAUUCGGAGAGAGGCUAG